AUGUCGCCCGCGCCGAGCGUGCUGAAGAAGGAAGAGGAGGCGCUGAUCACGCUCAUGAAGGAGCGCGCGCUCGUGCGAUGCAAGACGGCGCAGCGGACGUACUACGAGUGCGUGAAGGGGCGAACGCUGAGCGUCGCGUGGGCGUGCCGCGAGCAAGCGCGAGCGAUGAGCGCGUGCCUGAGCGAACACACGAGCGAUGCGACGCUGGAGACGAUGAAGGCGCGAUGGACCGAGGCUGGGAAGCCGUCGAUCGCGGAUCGGGGGAAGAUACCCAAGUGUUUCGAUUGA